UUUUCGAUUUUCUGAAUUACUAAAAAACAAAAACAGAACACGCCUUCUCUCUCAUAAGUCACACUUCACCAACGAAAACCCCCCUUAUCUCUCUCUCACAAUUCACCUGCCCAUGCUAAACCCUAUCAGAACGCCACCACUUUCGCCGCCGGCGGUGACAGACAGCGGUUGCCGUCGUCGCCUCUCGAAGGUCUGAUCGGCCCUCGCCUCCUGGAUCCUCUCUCCUCGACGUCGCCAGAAGGUCUGCUCGGAGUUGUUGGCGUCGCAGUCUCCAUCGUCGUCGUCAAGCCAGUCUCCGUCGUCGGCCCUGAACUCGUCUUCUCUGUCCUCGUCAUCAAGCCUCUGUCUUCGAGCCCCCCCUCUAUCUGUCCGAGCUCACUUUCCUUCCUCCUUCGUCGCCGUAAAGUGACAGCAUUGGUGAAACAGAAGGUGGAGUUGAUGAAGGUCAUGGUGAAAAACCAAAAAAUCGAAUCAAAUCAAUCAAUUUCAAUUCAGUUUGGUUGGCCUAGAAAAAAAUCAAACCAAACCAAACCAAUUAAUUUUUUUACGAUUGGAUCGGAUUUUUUUUCCUAAACAUCAAACCAAACCGCGUUGCGAACAGUCGAACACCCACUGUCCAUAUCUCCUCAACAGAAACAAAGGACACUAACCACGAAUAUACACCCACAAUUAGCAUUGACUUGCCCUCGCCUGCUCACCUUCUUGAGCCACCACCAUGACCUCACCGAGUCUGCACAGAUCAUUUCUCCGCUCCAUCAAGACCCUAAUCACCCUGUCUUCCCAUCGCAUCAUCUCCUUCAAUUUUUCACAAAACCCAAACCAACAAUCUUUCUAUUCUUCUCGCUCCAAUUCCCCAAUUGGGUCUCCAUCUAGAGUCCAGAAGCUCAUAGCUUCCCAGUCGGACCCUCUUCUUGCCAAAGAAAUCUUCGAAUGCGCCUCUCGCCAUCCCAACUUUCGCCAUUCUUACUCUACCUACCUCAUUCUCAUCCUCAAAUUGGGCCGCUCAAGGCAAUUCUCCCUUGUCGAUGACCUUGUUCGCCGCCUCAAAUCCGAAUCCUACCCAAUCACCCCUACCCUGUUCUCCUACUUGAUCAGAGUCUAUGGUGAAGCUGAUUUACCCGAUAAGGCCCUCAAAACCUUCUACACUAUGCUUCAAUACGGUUUCAAACCUUUGCCCAAACACCUCAACCGCAUUCUUGAGAUUCUUGUAUCCCACCGCAACUUUGUUCGACCUGCAUUCGAUCUCUUCAGGGAUGCUCAUAGGCACGGUGUGUCACCCAAUACUCAGUCCUACAAAAUUCUCAUGCGGGCUUUCUGUUUGAAUGGAGAUAUUAGCAUUGCCUACCACCUGUUCAACAAAAUGUUUAAGAGAGAUAUUGUUCCUGAUAUUGAGUGUUACCGGAUUCUGAUGCAGGCGAUGUGUAGGAAGAGUCAAGUGAAUGGAGCUGUGGAUUUGUUGGAGGACAUGUUGAACAAAGGGUUUGUUCCUGACACUUUGACUUACACCACUUUGUUGAACAGUUUGUGUAGGAAGAAGAAGCUUUGAGAAGCUUACAAGCUUCUUUGUAGGAUGAAGAUCAAAGGGUGCAAUCCUGACAUAGUUCAUUAUAAUACUGUUAUAUUGGGGUUCUGCAGGGAGGGGCGCGCCCAUGAUGCCUGUAAAGUUAUUGCUGAUAUGCAGAACAAUGGGUGCUUGCCUAAUGUUGUGUCAUAUCGAACUUUGGUUGGUGGGUUAUGUGACAAAGGAAUGCUUGAUGAGGCAAAUAACUACAUGAAGGAGAUGCUGUCUAAAGGUUUUUCUCCGCAUUUUGCUGUUAUUCAUGGCCUAGUAAAGGGUUUCUGCAAUGUUGGUAAGAUUGAGGAAGCUUGUGGAGUUCUAACCAAAUCGCUUGAGCAUGGGGAAGCUCCUCAUAUGGAUACCUGGGUGAUCAUAAUACCUUUAAUAUGUGAAGUGGACGAUGGUGUGAGGAGCAGAGAUGUUUUGGAGCAAGUUCUCAAGAUUGAAAUAACAGGUCAUACUAGAAUAGUGGAUGCUGGCAUUGGUUUGGAGAACUACUUAAUUAGGAAGAUACGAGCCAAUCCAAGAGCAUCUUAAUGCAUGUUUUUGUCCCCUAUGUUGGAUCAGCUUCAUUUUUAGUUGAAAAUGGGUUUAAACUCUAUCUGUGGAGUGCAGACACGCUUAUGAUUUAAUUGCAAAGAUGCAUGAAGUCAUUAUAAUGCAGAACAAAAUGUAGUCAGCUUGAUGGCCUUCAGCUCAGCAAAGGCAAUUUCAGAAUCAUGAGAGGGAGACAUUUGGACGUCUUAGGGCAAGCUGUCCUCAGUAAGGGUGCCCCAACAUGCAACAUGAAGAGUGAGCACUUUGGAAAGGCCACAAGGUGCUGCAGAGGACAAUGUGGCUCAAGGCAGAUGGUCUUGUCUUCUUGACUAGCGUAAUUUGAUUGAUGGGCCUACUUGCAUCAGUGAAGGUGUUCCCGUGGAUACUGGACUACUGGAGAAGCCGUGCAGCAUUCUCCUGUAAGUAUAGAGGUAGUUGGCUAGUGGCUGAAAUAGGCAGAUUCUGCUCAUGUGACAUUGGUGUUUGCUGGAGCUAGAACUUGUAAUAAUGGACAGUUCUAAAAAUGCCUUAACAUGGAAGCUUCAUGGAAAUUGCCAAUUGUUUUUGUUAUUGAAAACAAUUUAUGGGCUAUUUGGAAUUUGGAUGUCACAUCUCACGGCAACUUCAAUUCCUCAGGAAUGGAAGAACGGACCAGCAUUUGGAAUGCCAGGGAUUCAGGUUGAUCGAAUACAUGUUUUGAAGUUCAGGGAAGUCGGAAAUGAUGCAUAAGAAAGAGUCAGAGGAGAUGGACCAACUUUAUAAACCUAACUACUUAGUAGAGGUCAGUAGUUAUUCUUUUUCUUUUCCUUCCUCAUUUAUCACCAAUGUUAUAUACUUACGAGGACAAAGUAUUUGAUGCAUAUUUUUUAGAGUUACAUUUGAUGCCUUAAAUAUUUACAGAAUUGUCCCAACUUAUUUUUUGUAUUUACCGUUAGAGACAAAACUUCAUAUAUUCUUUAAACAACCCCGCACAUGAUUACAAAAUCAGCAACACUCGUCCAAGCUAAGAACAAGAACAGAGACAAUAAAAUGAACUAGCCUCGAAUAAAAUGAACAAGGAGAAAGUUUGUUAAUUUUGAAAGAAAAAAUUUUAUUUUAAUUAUAAUUAAAAAAAUAUUGGGUGACAAAUUUUGAUUUCUUAAAUUAUUAAUAUAAAAUAUAAAUUAUAAAUUAUAUAUAGAGUGGGAUGAAUAGAGAGAAGUAGAAAAAGGGAGAGAGAUAGAAGAGAGAAUUUAAGAAGGGGGUUUAUUAAUUUUGGAGAAAAAUAUUUUUUCUUAAUUUUAAUAAGAAAAUGUGAUGUGACACAUUUGGUUAUUAAAUUAGACGAUAAUAUAUAAAUAUAUAAUAAAUUAUAUAUAGAGUGAGAAGAGUAGAGAGAAAUAAAAAAGGGAGAGGUAAAUGAGAGAAUUUAAAAAGAGAAUUUAUUAAUUUUAGAGGAAAAUAUUUUCUCCUAAGUUUAAUGAGAGUGUCGUGUGACACAUUUUGUUAUUAAAUUAGAUAGUAAUAUAUAAUAUAAUAUAAUAUAAUAUAUAAUAUAGUUAUAUUUCAAUUUUAAUUUUAAUAUUCCAAUUUUAAUUUUAAUAAAGAAUGUUAUGUUGCACAUUUUGAUUGUCAAAUUUGUAAUUAGUCAUUGAUAACUACAUAUAAAAGAGAUAGAGUGGUUAAAAAAAUGAAAGGGAUAGAUAAAAGAAGAGGGAGGAAGGAAGAACUCUUUAAUUUUAGAAGAAAAGAUUUGAUUUUAAUUAAAAUGAGAGAAUGACAUAUGAUAUAUUUUGGUUAUAAAAUUAGUAGGAAAGAGGGAAAACCUAUUUAGUUCCGUGUACUUGAAUUUCUCAUGCUUUUUGGUUUUAUAUUUUUAUUAAAAAUGAACUCCAAAAAUCACAUAAUCUCAAUUUGGGCAUCAAUCUAAAUAACUGAAUAUAUUUCUGUUUUCUCAAAGUAACAUGAUGUGUAGAUGCAGUCACCACCUUUUAAAUACUUGAUUCAUGAAUUAUCCUUCGGCCUUUUUGUGUAAAUACUACGAACUGUAAAGAAUCACAUUGUCAUUAGUUGGAAAACACAUCACAUAAAAUUAUUAAGGCACUUCAAACGCUUCAAAAGGUAAAAAUUGUAGAAAAUUCUGUGGUGCUGAUUCCCUUUAUCAGCAUGGUAUGCUUACAAGUCGUGUAAGCAUAAGGGCAGCAAGUGUAUUGAAAUGUGUAGAAGCGGUGUUGAGGGAAUGGCGCUGAGGAUUGACAAGUCUUUUUGGUUUUUUUGGUUCUCAUUUUCCGUAAAAUGAAAGAUGUAUAAAUAUAAUUAGUUGUUAUUGGGUUGCUUAAGGAAAAUAAUAGGUGGGCUGCAUGAAUUAAUGAGACAACUAUUUUGUAUGAUUCCAAUAAAAGAUAAUAUUGGGCUCCUAUAUACGUGGCCCUAAUUGGAAGAACACGGAAUGUAAAAAUUUGUUUGACAUGUUAACCAAAAAAAAAAAUUUGUUUUGACAUAAAAAAAGGAAAAACAAUUGGAAGGAGCAGCUCUGAUUUAGUUUCCAUUGCCACCAAAUCUGUUCCGCAUUUGCUAAAUGUUCUCACCUUCUGCGCGGCGAGGCCAGAAAUGCCAAAGUUGAACAUGACAAAAGAUGAGUCUUUCGAUGAUGCUCCAAGUCGGUAUGGUCUCCUCCAACACAGAAAGCUCUGGUGCGUAUCCAUGUAGGAGGGAGAAGAAGAGUUCCUGCAGAGAACGACGACGAUGCUGGCGGUUCUGCUUAAUCCACAGACAGUAACUUCAUCAAUUAUUCUCCUCCCCAACCCAACACCUUUUUUCAGACUAUCCCCAUGGCCCAAAAACGAACGAACAAAGAGACCCAUAACCCAAACUCACCAACUUACCAAUUCGUCCGUUUAUUUGCAGAGACAGGACACACUGAGAUAGGGACACUGAAAUAUAAAAUUGUGUUUGGCAGAGAAGAUAUGUAUAGAAACAAUGUGUUCAGAGAUAUUAAAUUAGUGUAUUUUGUGUCCAUCCUGAUAAGAAAGACACAGAAACACUAGUAAGGGACAUAACUUUUUUAUUAUUAUUAUUCUUGUUAAUUUUUUAUAAUUAUAUUUUUUAUUGUUAUAUUUUUCAUCUCAAAUUUUUUUAAUGAAAAAAAUGAGAAUAAAUUGAAUUUUAAUAAUUUGUUUUAAUUUAUCACCAAACAGAAUA